GUCACACACAAGACAAAAAAAAAGAGUGACUUCACAUUUUUCCAUUCUUUAAAUUCAAGAAAAUCUUUAGCUGCAAAAACUAAUCAAGAUCUAGAGAGAAAAAAAAAACUAAAAAUCAAGAUUAUGAAUAUUAUUCAGCUGCAAACACAAUUAGUUGAUUACACAGCUUCAUUAUUUCAUGAGGGGUUUUUGGAUGAUCAAUUUACUCAACUUCAACAGCUUCAAGAUGAGAGUAACCCAGAUUUUGUUGUUGAAGUUGUUUCUAUGUUCUUUGAAGAUUCUGAAAGGCUUAUUAAUGAACUAACCAAGGCUCUAGAGCAGAAAAGUGUGGAUUUUAAAAGAAUUGAUGCUCAUGUUCAUCAGUUAAAAGGAAGCAGCUCUAGUAUAGGAGCUCAGAGAGUUCAGAAAAUGUGCAUUAUGUGCAGAAACUACUGUGAUGAGCAAAAUGCUGAAGGGUGCCUAAAAUGUGUGCAGCAAGUGAAACAUGAGUAUUUCCUAAUAAAAACCAAGCUUCAAACACUGUUCAAGUUGGAGCAACAGGUCCUGGCUGCUGGAGGAUCAAUCCCUUUUCCUUUGUAAAAUCAUCAUUUUUAUGAGUACUUAAGCUAAAAAAGGGUUCAUUUGAAUUUUUUUAUAGCCUAAGUUUGUAUGAUAUUCAGUGUAGAAUUAUGAGCAAUUAUUAAUUAAGGAUAUGUGAACCAUAUAAACCAACUUUUUUUAUUGCAUUUUCUUCAUUAGUUUUUAAA